AUGCAGCAUCAAUUCGAGCCAUUGAAGAACGACCUCUUGCUGAGGGCAGCUAGGGGCGAGAAAGUCCAGCGUCCUCCGAUAUGGGUUAUGCGGCAAGCUGGCCGUUACCUCCCCGAGUACCAUGAAGCCAAGGCUGGCCGCGACUUUUUCGAAUGCUGCCGCGAUCCCGAAGUCGCAUCGACGUUGACGCUCCAGCCCAUCGACCGCUACGCUGGACUCAUCGAUGCCGCGAUCAUCUUCUCCGAUAUCCUGGUCAUUCCCCAGGCCAUGGGAAUGCAGGUCGAAAUGGUCGACAAGAAGGGCCCCCAUUUCCCUGAACCGCUCCAGUCGCCCGAUGACGGACAGUACGAGAAAGUGAUGCAGAAGGAGGUGGAUGUCAAGUCGGAGCUCGACUACGUCUACAAGGCUAUUACCCUCACCCGCCACAAGCUGCAGGGUCGUGUGCCGUUGAUCGGCUUUUGCGGUGCCCCGUGGACUCUGCUGUGCUACAUGGUAGAGGGAGGCGGUACGAAGUUGUUCGUUCAGUCGAAGAAGUGGAUCUACAAGUACCCCAAGGAGUCGCAGGCUCUCCUGCAGAAGAUCGCCGAGAUCUGUGUCGAAUACCUGGCGCUUCAGGUUGCUGCUGGUGCUCAGCUGGUACAGGUCUUCGACUCCUGGGCGGGUGAGCUGUCUCCGGCCGCCUUCAAGUCGUUCUCUCUUCCCUACUUGCGUCACAUUUCGGCGAACCUGCCUAAGAAGUUGAGGGAGAUGGGACUGGAGCCUGUCCCCAUGACGGUCUUCGCGAAGGGUGCGUGGUUCGGCCUUGAGGAUCUCUGCGAGUCGGGCUACAACGUUGUUGGUUUGGACUGGCUGCAUGACCCCGCUGAGGCUAGACGCAUUGCCAACGGUCGUGUGACGAUCCAGGGUAACGCUGACCCCGGUGUUCUCUAUGGAGGUCGCGAGGCUAUCACGGAGGCUGUGGAGACCAUGGCUCGGGGCUUCGAGAAGGGCAAGCAAGGCUGGAUCGCCAACUUGGGUCACGGUGUGACUCCUUUCGUCAACCCGGAUGAUCUCAAGUUCUUCUUCGAGGAGAUACACCGUCUGACGGUGUAG